AACGAGGAUCAGGAGAGAGCAUUCAGACUAGUCGGAGAGCAUUUUAUUCGCGACAAUGGUGAACAAUUGUUGAUGUUUAUGACAGGCAUUGGAGGAUCAGGAAAAAGCCAUGUCAUACGUGCUAUUGUAGAAUUAUUUCGAAGGUGCAGAUCCGCCAAGCGUUUAACACUAAAUGCACCUACAGGAAGUGCAGCUGUAUUAAUUGAAGGAUAUACUAUCCAUGCUCUGACCUUCUUGCCAAAG